AGCCAGUUAUUGUCAAGUUGUCGCCGCGCCGUAGACAACAUGACUCGCGUACAGUUCGGGACAAUGUCCAUGCUGCUGGUCCUGCUGGUGGCCACCACCCAGGCAGCCGUUGUGCGCAGCUUUCCGCCCUUCGAGCAGCUGCAGAGCCUGGAGAAUCCCAAUCUCCGAGCAGUGAUUCCACUCGCCGACGAAGAUAACUAUCGCCUGCCCAACGAGACGAACCCUCUGCACUAUGACGUCUACCUCUCCACCGAUGUCCACCUGGGCUACACUAUCUUCAAUGGCACUGUAUCGAUCACCCUCGAGGUUCUGGAGACCACACAGGAGAUCGUCGUGCAUGCCCGCCAGCUGGCCAGCUUCGUCGUCACCAUCCAGCAGCUCGAGGUCGAGGCAGCCACUGAGCAGACCCUCGAUCACGAAUACGAGGCUGCGCGCGAGUUCCUCACUCUGAGCAAGUCGGGUCUGAGCUUCCCUGCCGACACCAAGUGGCUGCUGAAGAUCAGCUACCAGGGCAAUCUGCGCUCGGACAACGGCGGCUUCUACCUGUCCACGUACACGGACGAGGAGGGCAACACCAAGUACCUGGCCACCACCCAGUUCGAGAGCACCGACGCCCGUCACGCCUUCCCCUGCUACGAUGAGCCAGCGAAGCGCGCCAAUUUCACCAUCACCAUCAAGCACGAUCCUUCCUACAAUGCCAUCAGCAACAUGCCCCAGAACCUGGCUGCCUCCAGCUCUGGAGUCACCGUCUUCGAUACGACCGUCAAUAUGCCCUCCUAUCUGGUGGCGUUCAUUGUCUCCGAGUUUGUCUACUCGGAGGGUGAGUUGAACGGCCUGCCACAGCGCGUCUUCUCCCGCAAGGGCACCGAGCACGAGCAGGAGUGGGCACUGACCACCGGCAUGCUGGUGGAGAAGCGUCUGUCCGACUACUUUGGCGUCGAUUUCGCCCUGCCCAAGCUGGACCAGGCUGGUAUUCCCGAUUUCGCUGCCGGCGCCAUGGAGAACUGGGGCCUGGCCACCUAUCGCGAGGAGUACAUUCUGUACAACCCAGAGAACUCGACGAUCAACACCCAGACGAACAUUGCCACCAUCGAGGCGCACGAGGAUGCGCACAUGUGGUUCGGGGAUCUGGUCGCCAUCGAAUGGUGGUCCUACCUCUGGCUGAAGGAAGGAUUCGCUACACUCUUCGAGCAUCUUGCUGUGGAUUUGGCCUAUCCGGAGUGGAACAUUUUCCAGAUCUUCCAUGCCGGCUCCUACCAAAGCGCUCUGAUCAACGAUGCCAGCCCCUAUGCCCGUCCCAUGACCUACUUUGUGCAGAAGCCCUCGGAGAUCGGUCUGCUCUACGACUCUGUCUCGUAUGCCAAGGCUGGCUCCGUGCUGGACAUGUGGCGUCAUGCCCUGACCAACACCGUCUUCCAGCGCGGUCUGCACAACUACCUCGUGGCCAAUCAAUACUCGGCCGCCAAUCCCACAAAGUUGUUUUCGGCCAUUGCCCUCGCUGCCGUAGAAGAGAACUACGAGGUUCCCGCUCUCGUCACUGACAUGAUGGCCAGCUGGACGAACCAGGGUGGAGUGCCUCUGCUGACCGUGGAGCGCAAUUACCAGGAUGGCUCCUUCAGCAUCAAGCAGGAGACCUACACCAACGACAAGGACUACACAAGCGAGAAGCUGUGGUAUGUGCCCGUCAACUAUGUGGAUGCCUCAAACCCCGAUUUCCGCAACACCGAGGCAACCCAUUACCUACUCAACCAGAGCCAAAUAAGCAUUCCCGAUGCCAAACUGGCUGCCGAGAACUGGCUGAUACUGAACAAGCAGUCCACGGGCUACUACCGCAUCAACUACGACAGCCAGAACUGGCAGCUGAUCAUCGAUGGACUGAUCAAUCGCCCCCACAAGAUCGAUCCCCGCAACAGGGCCCAGCUGGUCAGCGAUCUGUAUCGCUUUGCCACCAGCGGCCGUGUGUCCCACGCCACCCUCCUGACCCUGCUCACCUAUCUGCCCAACGAGGAUCAGUAUGCCCCCUGGUCGGCGGUCAACACGGUGAUCUCUCUGUUCAACCGUUACCUCAGCGGCGACUCCGAGUACGAGAACUUCCAGUUCUAUGUGGGAGAGUUGGUCAACCAGCAGUUCGACAAGUUCGGCGUGAACGAUCUGAACGGAGAGCAGCACUUGGUGAAGUUCACCCGCAACCUGCUCAUCAACAUCGCCUGCCUGGCUGGUGUCGAGAGCUGCCUGAAGGAGACCAAAGCGAAGCUGCAAAACUUGGUCGAUGAUGGCACCCCUGUUGAGCCCAAUCUGCAGUCGCAGGUCUACUGCAAUGGCCUCAAGCAGGCCGACUCGCAGAUCUUCGAUUUUGUCUUUGAAAAGCUGAUGGACUCCAACGACCAGGCCGAACGCCGCCUGCUCAUCUCGGCCCUUGGCUGCUCCCAGGAUGCCGCACAGCUGGAGAAGUUUGUGUCGAGCAGCAUUGACCAGACCAAUGGCCUGCGCGUCCAGGAGCGCAUCACCCUGCUCAGCCCGGCCUAUUCCCGCGGAGAGGUUGGUCUGCUGGCCUCGAUUGACUUCCUGCUGGUGCACUGGGAGGAGUAUGCCCUUCUGAACACCGGCUUUGGUGGCAUCAAUCCCCUCUACUCCGACAUCCUUGGCAUCUCCGCCUACACGGUGAACGCCAAGCAGAAGGAAAAGCUGCAGGAGCUGGUGGACCUGGUCCAGCACUCCACCUUCGUGCCCGAGACGCUGCAAGCCAGCGUCGAUGCCAACGUUGCUGCCAACGACGAUUGGCUGAAGGUUAACCGUGAGCCCCUCAUGUCUUGGGUCUCCAACUUCCGCAACAGCAGCGCUGCCCUGAACGCCUCCUUCCUGGCCCUGGUCCUGUGCCUGUUGGCCUCCAAACUGUUUUAGUUUCUAGUCCUUAAAGUCCUAGUCCUUAAGUAAUUUGCACUCGCUGGGCAACAGCGAGAAGUAUUCAUCAAUAAAACUCCAUUACAUAAGAAAA